CCCUGCCAGCCAUCACCUUCAAUCAUGCAUGCCUACACCCCUCUGCACUCUCCCCUCUGAACCCCUGGCCUCUGUUCACCGAAUCAGCUUCCUCUCCUCUCUGCCCCAGCCUGCACUCUACUGCGCUCGGCCUUGCUUCCUGCACCAGCUUUGCUCUGCACCAGCUCCUGCGCUCUGCACCAGAUCGCCUGCACUCUGCUUGCCUUGCUGCGCUCCACUGCCGGCAAUGAUGCCCCUGCACGCCCGAGCCAUCAUCAGCACUCCACGCCCCUGCCUCCCUGCACACCGCGCCUCACCCCCAAUCCCGCGCCUCUGCACCGCUGAUUGCUGCAGCCGCCAUCCUUGCCUCACAUGCAGAAAAGACAAGGAGUACCGGACAAAUUGGCAUCAUUGAUUAACAGAGCAAGGCCCUUGUCUUUUGUUGCAUUUUAUUUUUAUUUUUGUCAUUUGGGGUAUAUAUAUAGGGCAAAAGCAGAGUAAUAGGGGGAUGGUUGGUUGAUUUUGGGUCUCUUUGUUGGGGAGUUUCGUCUGAGUUUUUGAGAGCAAUAGAAGGGGAUUUACUGGAGAAGAAAGGGGGCAACAACGGUGGUUGAGAGGAAGGAUCACCGAGCUUCCAGAGGAGCUUCAUUUUCUGGUUUCAUUUUCUGGGUUUCAUUGCCUUAGGUAAUUUCUGAACAGAGGAAUUUUUGGGAAGAGCCGUGAGGGAGAAGAAGGGAGCUUGAUCACGUGGGUGGGAUCCCUCCCUUCGAAUCUCAAUCUGUUUUUUUCAGAAAUUUCACCUUGUUUGAUUCUGAUUGUCAUGGAGUUUUGCUUUAUUAAACUUGUACUAGAUGA